ACGACGAGCAGGUUGGGGAAGCUGGAUAAAGCUUCGUUAUACAGGUUGCAGGGCAGGUGGCUGCGGGCGAUGUCUGGUGCAUGGCGGUCAGGCGGCGGACUCGUCCCUCCACAGUUCUAACAUGGAGAACCAUCUUAUAUGUGGAAUACAUGUCUAAGGAGCUGCCACCAGAGCACAAUGGAGAGCUUUGGCUUACAGGCAACAACCCUUUCUGAUGGAACAACAGCCUAUUUUCAGCAAAAUGCUAAUAAAGAGAAGUUAAUUGAAGGGCAAGUGAUUGAACUUGAAGAUGGUUCCACAGCUUUUGUCCAACAAGUAACAUUGCAGAAAGAGUCCAUCACAUUUGAAGAUGGUCAGCCAGUAGCGUUGGAAGACGGCACUAUGGCUUUUAUACAUCAUGCUCCCCAAGCUCUAAAUGAUCAAGAGGUAGAUAAGUAGCAAUUAGAGCUGACAUGUGCUACUACAGUGUUUGUGGUCCCCUCCAGAGGGUUAUGACCCCAACACCUUGGAAGCAAUCCAGCUGGAAGAUGGAUCCACAGCUUUCAUGCAUCGUCCUGUCUCCCUGUCAGUGAGCAGCACCACACUGACAGUGCAAGCAGAUGUGGGACUGGAGGAAUUGGCUGUAAGAGAGAAAGAUGAUUCCUUUGAACUUGAUUCCAUUACUGCCCUCAAGGACUAUGCCAGUAAGGACUUCCACGAGGAGGAAGUGCAGAGCAGUGGGAAGGAACCAAAGGUUCCUGAUAGAGUUUACCGCUGUGCUUACAGUGGUUGUAGCCGCCUCUUUACCACAUCUCAUCAUUUGAAGGUGCAUGAGCGGGUUCAUACAGGUGAUCGUCCAUACAGAUGUGACUUCUCAAGCUGUGGGAAAACCUUUGCUACAGGUUAUAGCCUGAAGAGUCAUGUGAGAACCCACACGGGUGAGAAGCCAUACAAGUGUCCAGAAGAUUUAUGCAUCAAAGCCUUCAAGACUUCUGGAGACUUGCAAAAACAUAUCCGGACACAUACCGGCGAGAGGCCUUUCAGGUGCCCUUUUGAGGGCUGUGGCCGCUCAUUCACCACCUCAAAUAUACGCAAGGUCCACAUCCGGACACACACUGGUGAGCGACCAUAUAUGUGCCCAGAGCACAACUGUGGGAGAGGGUUCACUAGUGCCACCAACUUCAAAAACCACAUGAGAAUCCAUACAGGGGAGAAGCCAUAUGCGUGCCUGGUGCCAGGCUGUGGGAAGCGCUUCACUGAAUAUUCCAGCCUUUACAAACACCAUGUGGUUCACACACACUGCAAGCCGUACACCUGCAACACCUGUGGCAAAACCUACCGCCAGACCUCUACGUUGGCUAUGCACAAGCGCACUGCGCACGGGGAGCUGGAAGCUACAGAAGAGAGUGAACUGGCCCUCUAUGAGCAGCAGAUGAGAAUUGCCACGUUUGAUAUGCCUUCACUGAAACACCAGUGUAUUGUUUCUGUGAAGGUGGAACACGAGGAGGAGCAGGAGGAUUGCAGGGCUAUGCCAGUGACUCUCGUAUCUCAGGAUGGAGCAGAGCAGGUCAGUCUGUCUCCUGAAGACUUGCAAGUACUUGGCUGUGAUAUCACCAUGUUAACACAGAAUGGCACAGCAGUAUCAGUACCCCGGGAUGAUAUUUCAGCAAGUGGUACAAAUGUGCUGACUAUGAUUGGCGCCGAUGGGACUGAAAUACAUCCGGUUACAAUAGUCACUUCUGGGACAAAGGCAUCCGAGGAUUUGCCCACAGCAUCCAUCCACCACCAGCAGCUGACAGUGCUAGCAACAGCAAAGGACACUUAUAUUGCAGUUCAGGUAAAAGAGCAGCAGAGCUCGGAGGAUGCCAUUAGUGUGUCAACCUCAGCAAUUCAGCAGGAGUCUGCAACUCUUAAGGUAUCCACAUCAAACAGUGGGUGCUGAGACCUCACAUGGAGCUGGAGCAACUGAAGCUGGAUGGACUGCUGGAGUCUUCAGAACCUCCAACUCAAAAGCCAAGUGAUGAGUACUUAUCCUUCUGGACCUGAAGAGAGCCCUUAAUAUUUGCUGCCAUCUGUCCGGCAUGAAUGAGCUGAUAACUGAGAAACACAGAUGGUAAAGUUACAUGAACUAUUGGAUGAGACUUUGUUUAGAAAUAUUUCUCCUAUAAGUGCUACAACAUGUUUUAUGGCCUCUUUAAGAAAGCCUUCCCUUAACUUUCUGAGGUGGCAUCCGCACUAUCAUUCUGGAACGUUCUAAUUUCUGCUGAAUGUUAUUGGAGGAAGCACUUGUAUGUCAUUUCUUGGAGAGCUAGAACAGCCUUCAUAAGAUUAUGGGACUUGCAUGGCUGGGGAGAUUUAUUUCUUUGAAGUUUUUAGCAUUAAAUGUGUUUUUAGCCAUAGAAAGUUCAGGAAAAGGAAUUACGGGUAGAUGGGUGCUCUCUACUUUUCCUUACCUCAGAUACAUGGGAAUAGAAAGUGUUGGCACAGGAGCAGUCACACACUCUCUGAGCAGAACUGAAAUGUACAGUACCGGAGAAGGACAAAUAUUAAUGUGAUGGCUGUGCUCUAUGCAUUUCCCCCCAAUUAUUGUGGUUGCUUCCCAGUCUCAGCAAGUGGAAUAGACUGAAGCAGAUGUGCAAAGGAGAAGAAACAGCUUUGUAGUACAUUUUAUUUGCCUCUUUCACUCUCUGAAAUAACAGAAGACUCUAAAUGUGUAUCGAAUAAAAUUUUGGACUUGAUGUUUUCGA